UUCUACCCCUCCUUCCUCCUCCUCCUCUUCUCCUCCUCCUCUGCCUUCUUUCUUAAACCGGGAGGACAGCAGGAUGGAGGACAGAGUGUGGAGUGUGUGGCUUCUUUUCGCUUUGACUCUAGGAUGGACGGAGGCUCAGAGUCAGAACAACAACUCAACCAGGCCGACCUUCCUCUGUGGAGGCCACCUGGUCACAGACUCGGGCAUCGUGGCCAGCGAAGGCUUCCCGAGCCACUACAAACCCAACAGUAAAUGCACCUGGUACAUCACCGUCCCCGAGGGCCACGUGGUCAUGCUCUCCUUCCGCCUCUACGACAUGGAGGCCGACCCCACCUGUCGCUACGACUACCUGGACGUCUACAACGGCCACACGCGCUUGGUGCAGAAGCUGGGACGUUUCUGUGGGACGUUCCGGCCCGGCGCCCUCAUCUCCACCUCCAACACCAUGAUGAUGGACAUGGUGUCGGACGAGUCCAACGGAGGAAGAGGAUUCCUGGCGUACUUCACCGCAGGGAAGCCACAUGUGGAAGAGAAUCAGUUCUGCGGCGGGCGGCUGACCAAAUCCCAGGGCUCGGUCAAGACGCCCAACUGGCCCAACUCGAAUUACCCAGCAGGCAUCAGCUGCUCCUGGCACAUCUCCGUAGAGCCGAGCAAUGUGAUCGAGGUGAAGUUUAUCAAGCUGGAUCUGGAGCCCGACACGUACUGUCGCUACGACUACGUGGCAUUGUUUAACGGAGGAGAAAAGGACAACUCGAGACGAAUCGGAAAGUUCUGCGGCGACAGUUCACCAGGAAUUAUAGUGACCAACGGGAACGAGCUUCUUGUCCAGUUCGUCUCCGACCUCAGCGUGACCUCAGACGGCUUCAUGGCCUACUACUCCAGCGUGCCCCGGGGCUCCCGAACACCCACCGCUGGGGGGGACUUCAUCUACGGGCCGCAGACGACCUCCGCGCCACAAAAAGCAGGCGUGAGGCCGAAAAAGACAAUCAAACCGACCCCCAAACCGAAACCUGUCAAGCCUAAGCCCACCAAAAAAGCCCUGGUGAAGAAACCUCCGCCACGCAAACCUGCCGCCAAGCCGGCGGUCAAGCCCACGGCUAAACCCAAACCAGCUAAACCGACACCUAAGGUACCCGUGAGAAAGCCUGCACCUAAACCUGGAACUAAACCCGCGCCCAAACCUAAGCUCGUCAAACCGACGCUCAAACCCAGGAUCAAGACUAAACCCACCCGUAAACCUACACUGAAGACCAAGCCUACAUUAAAACCUGCCGUCAAAAAACCAGUAAAGCCAACCGUCAAGAGUGGAGCGAAACCAAACGCCAAACCUAAAGCCACACCUAAACCAGGAGCGGGCAAAACCGUGACAAAGAAACCCGUCGUCAGCAACAAACCUUUACCACUGAACCCACUGUGCACACAACCCUGUAAGAGGACAGGGACUCUCCAGACCAGCUUCUGCCCUCAUGACUUCGUGAUCACGGGUAAGGUCACGUCUGUGACCGCUGGUCCAAGGGGCUCAGCGACAAUCGAGGUGUCCGUGAUCAAGGCCUAUAAGACAGGACGCCUCAACACCGCCAAAUCAGGACCAGUCACGUCAGUCAAGCUGACCACUACCUGCAAGAAAUGCCCCGGGCUCAACAAAGGCCAGAACUACGUGUUGAUGGGAAAAGUCGACGCACAGGGCGCCGGCCAUCUCAGCCCGUCCAGCUUCACUCUCCUCUACAAGCCCAUCCACGGCAAAGCCCUCGCCCUCCUCUCCCGCAAAUCCUGCUGACAUCACAGCCCAAUCACAUUACCCCCCCGCCCCCUCAUAGUCCAGGCCAUCGCUAAAAACAUGCAACUUUACAUAAAGACUGAAAAUAUUUGAUAUAUCAGAAACACAAUGUUUAUAAAAUACAUUUUAAAAUUCAAACAGUAAGUCGUAUAUUUUGUAUUGCGUAUCUAAGUUAUAAUAUUUCUGUGUUAAAAUAUGAACAUCAAUAAACAAUGUGAUGCUGGAGUUGAUUUUUACCAUCUAUUAUCUUUUCAUGGUUAAUUAUCACCGGAUCUUCUCUGAGUAUCAGACAAACAUGGAAACAGAUGUAUAUUCUUAUGUUGACAGUCAUUAAAACCAUCAACCACCUUAAUUCUCAUCUACUGUGUGAGUUUAUUGUUGGUUGAACUCUUCAUUCAUCUUUAUUUAUCCCUGAG